GGCCCCCACUCCUUCAUUUGUCAUGUCAAAGUGGGGGACAGCCUUGACAACACAUACAAUUGUGUUCAAGAUGUAUUUGUCUUGGUAUUCACUGUUUAUCUCAAAAACAUCAAGUCAGUGCAAUGAAAGUUUUAAAAACAUCCAAAAAAGGGAACUUCUAUUUGUGAAGACUGGUUCUAUGUGCUCAGCCCUUUGAAAAUUGAACCUGCAACAUCUGAAGAACAUACUCAGUUCACUAAGAAGAAAGAGAAGAAUGAUUUCCUUAAUGUCAAUGGUUUUUGCUUGCUGUCCAGGAGAAAAUAUUUCGUCCAGCAACAGAGGAAUGCCUAUGGACUUUUUGAGGGGAGGAGGAAAUGAAAAUCUAGUUCAUUCUGGUUUUAACCAGUGGGAAAAAAAAAUAACAAAUCUCUUAAAACGAAGACACAAAGUUUAAUCAGUUCAUGGAUCAAUGAUGUCCAAAUAUGUGCGCACAUUUCAGAUGGACUCUGCCCUGUCUGGGAUUUUCAGAUCUAGUACUGAACAGCCCUGAGGCAGAUAUAUAUUAGUUAGAAAAAGAAGUUUGCAGAAGGGAAACUGUGUCUGUUCCUGAUUUGCCAAUCCAAAAAACAAACAAAAAAGCUCCCAAAGGGUACAAAACCUGAUACAGUUGUUGCUGGAUCAUUUUCAUGGGCAAUAUGAACAUUGAAGAAUAUUUAGCAAGGAUUGGAUACAAAGGCUCCCAUGAAAAACAUGAAUUGGAAACCUUAACUGCAAUCUUCCAGCACCACAUCUGAGCCAUUCCAUUUGAAAAUCUCAGCAUCCACUGCGGAGAAACCAUUACCUUGGAUUUAGACCAGGUUUACAACAAAAUAGUAAGCAAGAAGCGAGGUGGAUGGUGCAUGGAACAAAACCAGCUUUUAUGCUGGGUGCUGAAAACCCUGGGAUAUGAUACCACCAUUUUAGGAGCACACAUAUACAACCCGCAACAAAACACCUAUGCUUCUCACAUGACCCACCUUCUGCUAAAGGUGGAUAUUGAUAACAAAGCCUAUAUCCUAGAUGGAGGAUUUGGUGUAUCCUAUCAAAUGUGGCAACCAAUGGAACUCAUUUCUGGGAAACACCAGCCUCAGACACCUGGAAUCUUUCGCUUCACCGAGGACAAUGGGACGUGGUACUUUGAGAAAAUAAGAAGGAAACAAUACAUUCCUAACCAAAGCUACGCUAAUUCUGACCUUCUGGAAAGAAGUGAGUACAGGAAAAUUUACUUGUUCAGUCUUGAGCCACGAACAAUAGAAGAUUUUCAGUUCCAAUGUACAUACCUUCAAACAUUUCCAGAUUCCUUGUUUGUAAAGAAGUCAAUUUGCAGCUUGCAGACCACUGACGGGUUUCGAGCUUUGAUUGGGUGGACACUCAUUGAGACAACUUACAACUACAAGGACAACACAGACCUGAUAGAAUUUAUGACUCUUAAAGAUGAAGAGGUGGAGAAGACACUGGAAGAUAAAUUUAGCAUAACAUUAGAGAGAAAAUUUGUCCCAAUUAACCUCAAAGGAUUCUAUGUGAUUUAGUGGAGUAGAUAAAACACACCCUAAUUCUAUACUAUUGCAGAAUCUUCCACACUCUGUUUAAUCCGAUAUUCAGUACAUGAACUAAAACACUUAAUGCCAGGUUAAAGUGAGAGCUUAAGUUCAGAACAACAGGCACUUCAGGGUCUCGUGUUGACUGGUUACCACUGAGAAAAUGAAGCUCACGUACACUUUUGUGGGCACAAAUUUAAAGACUGGUUUGAAGCUAGCUGAAGAUUUUGGGCGGAUAUGUGGUCCAUGGAAGAAGCAUUUUCUAGUGGCUUAAGAACACAAUUGGGAGAGGAGUACCAGGAUCUCUAUGCUCUGUGACCAUUAGGAAAAUCACAUUGGCUCAAAUUUCCAAACUCGGCAGCCAAAAUAAGUAGUCUGAUCUUCAGAAAUGCCACGUGCUCAGCUCCAUUUCUCCAUGUGAAAAAUGAGGAUAAUAUAUUUCCCCACCUCCUGAGGUUGUGAGGAAGUCUAAUUCAUUCAUGUUUGUAGGGCACUUUAGAGUCCCCAGACCAAAGGUGCUAUAAGUGCAAAAUAGUAUCCAAUUUAUCUCUGUGAUUACUCAAUGAACCACACAAGUGAAUUAUUUUUAGUCCAUAUUUUUCUGAUGGUGCUUUUGUAGUGGUAUUAAUUCACAUCCUGUAGAAAGGAUGAAUUUUAAUGCGGCACCCAAACUUGUUUCUCCAUUGUGCCCACUUCCAUUCUAUAAGGCCACAAAUUGGAGUUCCUUCAUGACACAUACACCCGGGAAUGUUAUCAAGAUGAAGAGCAUAAAGAAAGCAUCCAGUUGUAUCAUGCCUAUUUAAAGAAAUUCUUUGUUUAACUAAUGAGUCCCCCUCUUCUCAUUUCUGUUGUUUACCAUUGAAGUUUCCUAUUCUAAAAAUGUUUCUCUCAGUCAUGUUGCCAUGUGAAAGACUGACAAAAACAGGAAUAUGGACUAUGUGGGGAAGCAGCAUCAAAAACAAGAAGUUAACAGAGAAGAUAGGAGAAAAAUAAUUCUCCCUCCAUCUUUUUUCCUGAUGAUAAUCUAACCUGCUGCUUUUAAACAAUAGCAGAUGAAAGAAGAGACUCAAGACAUUUUCUUUAGCCUCUUUGUUCUAACUGAUGAUUUUUGGCAAAAAUCUCAUAAAAUGAAAACAUUUAUAUCUAUAAAAAUAAAUGAAAACAACAGUAUAUUUAAAGUCUUUGUAAGUAUCAACGGUAAUUAAGCUUGUAUUCUAAAUACUUAUCUGAUGUUUGUAGUGUUUCAAAUAAAACUCUCUGCUUUCUCUUUAGCUAGGAGGAAUGUUCAUCUUUCUCCGCUCUGUAACAGACUCCUGCCUCCUUUAUGCUGAUAAUGGCUGUUUCUCUCUCCUUAUCUAGUUGGCUUCAAUGCAGCCUUUGACAUCCUGGUUAUUCCAGCCUCCACAGGCAUCUCCGUUUCCAUUGCCACCAAAUGGCUCUUUCUUCAACUCUUGCUUUCUACUAAAAGCCUGUUCCCUGUGGAGCUCCAUGUGGAUCAAGCCCCAACAGUCUCACCACCUGCACAGUCAUUUAUAACAACUCUCCCACAGAGAUUUCCCCUCAAACAUGAAAAUUAUUACCGGGGCCAGGUUACAUGAAGCUCUGCUGAGUUACCAUGCUAAGGAUGUUUUUCCACCUGGCAAAACCUCUCAGAGCUGAUAAACACUGUAGCUAUUUAUCUGUGAAUAACUGUACCCCAAAGCUCCUGCACAGAUUAAGUAGACCUGAGAUAAGAAUGGUAUUAAAUACAGAGGGAUUAUAGGAGGCACUGAACUGCAGCUACCAGGGAAGCCAACCAGCUGCACAGACCCCCGGGCAAGGUGGGUAUCCGGCUUUGUGCUACCGGAAGUGGUGGGACCUCAGGGAAAAGGGGCAGCCCCUCGUGCUGCCGGGAGCAUGGCAUUCGCUCUCCCCAGCUGCACAGAGCUGCAUGGCACUCCAGCAGCAAUUUAAAGGGCCCAGGGUUCUGGCUGCUGCCGCAGUAGCAACUGUGGCAAUUAAGACCUCCAGGGCCCCUUUGAAUCGACAAGCCCCGGGGUAACUGCCCCCUUUUGCAUUUCCCCUGUCGAUAGGCCUGGCAUCCGUAUACAAUUAGGGAGGCACACAACUAGGUAAGAGGUGCCUUCCCACAGGAAAAGGAAAAACUAAUCCUUAAAAGGACAAAUAAACAUGGGACAUUACAUCUACAGAGCAAUUCAGCCAACAUCUUUCCUUUGCAAUCCAUGGGAAAGUUCAAGUGGACCAGCUCUCUUCCAGGCACGUUUAAGGAGACUCCCAACAAUUGUGCAGCAUUUUUGCUGCAGCCUAGUGUCGAGCCAUGUGGCCGACACUGCUAAAACCACAUCCUGACACUUUUGUGAUGUAUCUGGAAUUAGGAAAGCACAGUAUCUUGAUUCACAGGCAGACCAAACAACUUUGCUUUCAGACUGAGGUCUGAAUCAUUUAAAAAUUAAUGGGAGGUGGGUGUUCAAAUCCCAUAGAUGGCUCUGAAUAAUCUCGGCCUACCUGCCCUUUACAUAUCCCCAAAGGAAAAUGCCAUCCAUUAGCAAUUGCAUAUGGCGUGUGUUUCAGAAAAGAACUAAGGGUAACAAAAAAAAAAAAAAAAAAA